GUGGACCUUCCAAGCCCAAAAGUUCGGGUCACUAUGCGAGUCAGAUAUUUACCCGGUUAUUUGGGUUGGGCGUACAAUCACUAUGCGGGUCAGAUAUUUACCCUUCCGUUUCCUUCUUUCUAACGUUGCGGCUUGCGACCUCCUCGUUUACCUCGCGAAUCUCCAACGAACAGCAACCCCGCCCGGGCAUUAGGUUUAGCCGUCUUUAGCUGCCGUCAUUUGUUGCUCCACCGGAUUCUUUGGCAACUUUUGCGGAACUUUUUAUGGUUUGGCAGGAACUUCUAAUGGAAGAAUUUUUUUGCUACUAUAUUAUAUAAGGAGUAGUACAUUUCAUCUUACAGCCUCUCCUCAAUGUCCUUCCCUGCCAUCUGCACCACAUCUUCACAAAUUCUCAAUCUGCUAAGGGAUUGUAUAAACAUCCGAAAUCUACAACAGGUCCACACCCAGAUCAUCUGCAAAGGCUUUGAACAAGACCACAUCGUCGUAAACCAGUUCAUUUCAGUCAGCAACUCGUUCUCAUCCAGCGUAGCCUAUGCCACCAGUGUCUUUGAGCGCAUUCUUCAGCCUAACAUCUAUCUCUGGAACACGCUCAUCAAAGGGUAUUGUGAACACUCAUCUCUUGUACAGUCACUGUCACUUUUCAAUCGAAUGAAGAAAUGUUCAGAUGUUGUUCCGGAUGGAUAUACAUUAACUUCGCUGGUCAGGGCUUGUUCUGCUGUGCUUUCUUUGAGAGAUGGGCUGGCCGUUCAUGCGUUGGUCAUCAGGUAUGGGACAAAUAGUAAUGUGUUUGUUGGUUCAUCAUUGAUUACUUUUUAUGGGAAAUGUAAAGAAAUUGAGUGUGCACGUAGGCUGUUUGAUGAGAUUCCUUUGAAAAAUGAAGUAUCCUGGACUGCUAUAAUUGUUGGGUAUGUUAAUUUUGGUGACUUUUCAGAAGCUCAGAAACUGUUUAACAAAAUGCCCCAGAAAAAUCUGGUUUCAUGGAAUGUGAUGAUAACUGCAUUUGUGAAGUUUGGAGACCUCAAUACUGCCAAGAGACUGUUUGAUGGAAUGCCUGAAAGGAAUGUGGUUUCUUUUACGACAAUGAUUGAUGGGUAUGCAAAAGCUGGGGACAUGGUUUCUGCAAGGGUUUUGUUUGAGCAGUCUACAGGAAGAGAUAUAAUUUCUUGGUCAGCUAUGAUAUCAGGGUAUGCACAGAAUGGACAGCCUAAUGAAGCUGUAAAGUUGUUCUUCGAAAUGAUGUCCGUAAAUCUUAGACCAGAUGAGUUUGUUAUGGUCAGUUUGAUGUCUGCUUGCUCCCAAAUAGGAUGUUUGGACCUGGCUAGACGGGUGGAUUCUUAUGUGAAGCAAAGCUUAUCUAAUCUGCAUCAACCACAUGUAGCAGCGGCUCUUGUAGAUAUGAAUGCAAAAUGUGGAAACAUGGAUAGAGCAAUAGCUUUGUUUGAGGAGAUACCUAAGCGUGACGUAAUUUUGUAUUGUUCGUUGAUGCAAGCACUUUCUAUUCAUGGACGUUGUGAGGAGGCAGUUGGUCUAUUUGAUAGGAUGCUAAAGGAAGGGUUAGUGCCUGAUGGUGUAGCCUUCACUGUGAUUUUGACGGCAUGUAGUCGCGGGGAGCUUGUUGAAGAUGCCUUUCGUUUUGUUACUGCAAUGAUAAAUGACUACUCCCUAAAGCCUUCCCCUGACCAUUAUGCAUGCAUGGUUGACCUUCUUGGACGAUCAGGAAAGCUCAAAGCUGCAUAUAACCUAUUAAUUAAAACAACACCCAUUGAGGCCUAUGCUGGUGCAUGGGGUGCACUUCUUGGGGCCUGUAAGCUGCAUUCUGAUAUUGAGUUAGGUGAGGAGAUAGCAUGCAGGCUAUUUGAACUUGAGCCUCUCAAUGCGGGAAAUUAUGUGCUCUUGUCGGGCCUUUAUGCUUCAAUAGAUAGGUGGUUAGAUGUUUCACAUUUGAGAGAUAAGAUGAGUGAGAGGGGUAUUCGGAAGAUACCUGGUCGCAGUUGGAUAUAGUCAAUUAGUCAUAAAUAUGGAUUGCCCUUUUUGCUUGUCACUAUUUCUUCUCCAUAUAAUGACAACUGGUACACCGUGUUUUCAAUCCAUUUCUGGAGAAGUGUGGCAAUGUGCAUGGUAUUCACUGUUUUUCUGUACUGGUGCAGCUGCAAUAUCAGUUACUAAUCAGCGGUGAUGCUGCCAAUAUCAUGCAUUCAGUUGCCUUCAUAAUAUGCGGGAGAAGAAUUCCUAUGCUUUACUUUUCUGAGGUAUGGGCACAGUGGUACUGCACUACUGCGUAUGUAACUUCUUAUCUGGAAGUAAAUAUUUAUCGCCACAAAACUAUUAGGCAUUUGGUUAGAUGUCAGAUGUGAGAUGUCAAGUGUGUCGAAGGGGUUGAAAUUUUUUGCUCUAAACACUGUCCAGUUGAGACACCUUUACUUAAAUCAUCAAUGGAUUUGCAUGCUUUACGGAUUUCAUUUUGGACAAUUUGUUUCCUCCAUAGGCUCUUCUUCAUCUUCUGCAAGUCUUGAUGGUUUCAAGCACCUACCUGGAAAAAGAAGGGGUUUUGCACCAAUUCUUGGAUUUUUAUAAUGAUUAACACUAGAAACAUCUCCUCUUUUGUUCUUCAACUGCCACUACUACCCUGGUUAUUUCCAUAUGGUAUUGAUUUCUCCAAGAAUGAUAAAUAAUAUUAUUGGUGCUGUCAAUCUUUUACAUCGAAAAAGACACAAGGACUCUCAGAUUCAUCAUUAUCAUAAAAAACAAAUGAAGCCUAAAGCAACCAAGAGACAUAGGAAUGAGCAUCGUCAAACUUGGUUAUUGAGCCAUCAUUUUGUUUAACUGUUCCAUCAGUUUUCCAGCUAAAUAGCCCCUAAGAGACAGCUAUGCUGACCGGGAUUAGCUGGAGGAUUUCCCAGAUUUUGGUGCUCAGAGUUUGGCUGAGGAACUCAGGAGCUUGUGAAGGGCAGAGAAGCAGACAAACAAGGAAAAUUGAUGCAACUAGAGUUAUCAAAUUCAAGUGCUUGUAUUAGUAGUACUUACUUGAAUUGUCAGCUCUUUGUUUUGGUGCAAACAUACGGAAGCCAAAAUUCUUCCGUUGGUGAAUUUAGUUUCUACCCCAAUCAACUGCAUGUCUGCGACUGCAACAGAGAUCUGCUGACAUCAAUUGUUUGUACGACUGAGAAGGCAACUGUUUCGGCAUCGGUGACCGGUGGAGACCCAAAGCAGCUACCAGGAUGCCAUCUUAUUUUAAUUCUUGAAGAGCUUCAAACAAAGGCCGAGACCUGUGCAUCCCAGCUGAGACUAAUAGAAGAGGUGAAAUUAUGGAGGCAGCAAAGUCAUAGGUGAAGCAUCCUCAAAUCCAUGGCUGAAAUAAUUUUAGAUGACUGUGUUGAUUAUGAUCAUACUGAUUGCGAGGGAAGCCAUAUUUAAUGUCUCACUGAUGAAUGCUGAUGUUGGCUUGCAAGAUCACUCUGAUAGAUUGAUAUGUUGCCAUAUUAGGACAAUUUUUCAGUUUACUGAAGCUAUGACAGUUUUUUAAAAAAAAAUUGAAGACAAAGCGUAGCAGGGACUGUAAGUCAGUAAGUGCAGGCACUUGUAAUGCAAGAAAUUCAAAGACCGGUAAAUCAACUUUUGGAUGAUUUCGUAUUGUAUGACUUAUGGCAUCGCUUGUCCAUGUUGACUCACCGAAUCUUUAUCCAGAUAUUGUUCCUUUUUCUUGUAUUUUUUUAUACUCCUGAGUCCUGAUAUUUGCUAGUUGUGUUGAAGGAUGAUUAUUUACUCAUUCUGUGCAUAUUGAGUCUUGAAGUUUAAAACUACUCAUUUAUGUCAGUGGCAACAGAUUCACAC